AUGAGCACAGCAACUCUCAAGAGACGUUACGAUACAGAACUAGGACCAAUACCCCCAUUGAAGAUGUCCACCGACGAGAUAAAGCAGCGCAAGAGAAAGCAGGACGACACUGAGGCUGUUGUCCAAAAAAAAGUGAAGAAAGACAAGAAAGACAAGAAAGACAAGAAAGACAAGAAGGUGAAGAAGGAGAAAAAGGCUGAGAAGAAAGCCCAAGAAACUACAGUUAUCCCGAAAGAUGCUGAAGACGACUCCAGUGUCACUCUAAGUCCCGAAGAAGAAACUCCGGCUCAAGAACUAGGAUAUGUUCAAAGUGAACUAUUGAGCAAAGUUGCACAGAGUGAAGUAGACGAGUUCUACGAGGAAAACGAGGUCAGCGUUGAAGACCCUAAGAAACUAAACUUCCGUCCUCUUCUAUCUUUUGACCACAUCGCGCUUUCGUCAGAGGUCCAGAAAGAAAUCUCCAAAUUUCCAAAACCUACGCCAAUCCAAGCCGUUUCGUGGCCUUACUUGCUUCUGGGAAGAGACGUGAUUGGUGUUGCCGAGACAGGUUCCGGUAAGACCUUUGCGUUUGGUGUUCCUGCCAUCAACAACCUGCUCAAAGCGGGCUCGAAAAACAACGGUGUCCAAGUCUUGGUGAUCUCACCCACUCGUGAACUUGCAUCUCAAAUUUACGACAACCUGAUUUUGCUUGCCAAAAAGGCCGGUGUACACUGUUGCUGUCUGUACGGUGGUGUUCCCAAAGACGAGCAGAGAGCACAGCUGAAAAAGGCCCAAGUGGUGGUAGCCACGCCUGGAAGACUGCUCGAUUUGAUCGAAGAGGGCUCUGCCAGACUCUCCAACGUCGACUACUUGGUUCUGGACGAAGCAGACAGAAUGCUUGAAAAGGGAUUCGAGGAAGACAUCAAGAGAAUCAUCGGGUCCACGAAAGCCACCGGAAGACAGACUCUGAUGUUCACGGCCACCUGGCCAAAAGAGGUGCGCGAACUUGCCAGCACGUUCAUGAAAGACCCUGUCAAGGUGUCGAUCGGUAACAGAGACGAACUCUCGGCUAACAAGCGUAUCACGCAGAUCGUCGAAGUGGUCGAGCCUUUCAAGAAAGAGCGCAAACUAUUGGAGCUUUUGAAGAAAUACCAGUCCGGUUCCCGCAAGAACGACAAAGUGCUUAUUUUCGCGCUGUAUAAGAAGGAAGCGUCUCGUGUGGAGAGGAAUUUGCAGUACAACGGCUACAAAGUCGCUGCUAUCCACGGGGAUUUGUCGCAACAACAGAGAACGCAAGCACUUGGCGAAUUCAAGUCUGGCGAAUCGAACCUAUUGCUGGCCACAGAUGUGGCUGCCAGAGGGCUCGACAUUCCCAACGUGAAGACUGUGAUCAAUUUGACUUUCCCACUAACGGUCGAAGACUACGUGCACAGAAUUGGGAGAACAGGCCGUGCCGGCCAGACCGGUACCGCACACACGUUGUUCACAGAGCAGGAGAAGCAUCUCGCGGGUGCUUUGGUAAACGUUUUGAACGGUGCAGGCCAGCCAGUUCCUGAAGAUCUCAAGAAGUUUGGUACGCACACCAAGAAGAAGGAACACAGUGCAUACGGAGCGUUCUACAAAGACGUGGACACUACCAAGAAACCAAAGAAAAUCACUUUUGAUUGA